AUGAAAGGCACCAAUAUCCACUGGAUAGGAGUCUUCCUCCUCUUCACAUCUUCCAUUCUACUCCUCUUCGUCACCCUCUCCGCGCCAAUCAUCAACCAUCUAGGCCUCCUUCGAAUCCAGCUAGGAAACAGCACCAAAGCCCACGACUUCAACCUCGUCUUCGGGACAUUUGGAUACUGCACGCUCAACGCCAUGCCCAACGGGAACGAUGUCUGUACAGGCCGUCAUAUAGGCUACGAACCCGCUGCUUUGAUGGCGCGAAUAGACAAUACCGGCUUCGAUUCUCUCUCAGGCGGAACUUCGGACGCUUUUACUCGGAUCAUGAUUCUGCAUCCUAUUGCCUGCGGAGUGGCAUUUAUCGCUUUCUUGCUCUCCAUGGGAGGUGGGAUUAUUGGAUCAUUAGCGGGAGCCCUCACAGCUUUUGUGGCGUGGAUUUUGACGAUUAUCGUGCUUGCGACGGAUUUUACGUUGUUUGGUGUUGUGAGGAAUCAUGUCAAUCAUGAUGCGACGGAUAGUGAGGCGUAUUUCGGUUCGGCGAUUUGGAUGCUUGUGGCGAGUUUUAUGAUGCUUGGACUUGGGAUGGCGAUUUUGCUCUUUACUUGCUGUGUUGCUAGGCGAGAGCAUAAGAAGAACAAGGUCGAUACAGCGGGGAAGGAGACUCGGUCUGGGAGACGGAAGAAGAGGUUUGGGAUCUUCUGA